AUGGUGCAUGAGGUGCUUGGUUUCCUGCAGGGGUUUGCAUCUGUGCCUUGUUUUCUCUCCAGUCCUCUCCGAAGUAAAGCUUUAGGAAAGUCAACGGUGGUCCCAGUGCCAUAUGAGAAGAUUCAGAGAGACCAAUCUGCUGUGGUGGUGCAGGGCCUGCCCAAGGGACUUGCAUUCGUGCAUCCAGAAAAUUAUGAUGUUUCAACCCUGAAGUGGAUUUUGGAAAAUAAGUCGGGGAUCUCGUUUAUCAUCAAGAGGCCUUUCCUAGAGCCCAAGAAACAGUUAGGAGCUCAUGUGACAGAUCCUUCACAAUCAAUUAUACCUCCAGGUGGAAGUUGCCCUCCUGUUCAAGUGAAAACGGAGCCUAGUGAGGAUUCUGGAAUUCCUUUGGAAAUGUCAACAGUGACAGUGAAGGAAGAAUCAGAGGAUCCUGAUUACUAUCAGUACAAUAUUCAAGGAGGCCCUUCUGAAACAUCAGAGAUGGAUGAAAGAAUUGCUCUUGCCAAAAGUUACACAGAUUCUUCCCAGCAUCCUCCUUCAGAAACACGUGAGGAUCCUGAGGUCGAGGUCACCCUGGAAGAUGAUGAAGACUACUUGCCCCCUAACAAGAGAUCGAAGAACACUGAGACAGCAAAUGAAGCUGCCAGUACUGGGAAAAGAAAAGCAAGAGAGUUCAAUUUUGAUAAAUGGAAUGCACGAAUUACAGACUUGAGAAGGCAAGUUGAAGAACUGUUUGAGAAAAAAUAUGGUAUGUGUCACAUUCCUCUUAGAACAACUGCUUCUGUUCCUUUGGCAAUGGAAAUCACAGCAUUUUCGUAUACAUGUUGUUGUUGGCUCUGAAGCAGACUAGCACCA